AAAUUUGAUAGAAAUACGUCGUUUUGCCGAACUGUAAUAUUUUAGAACAUUUUUACUAAGGCUACAACAAUUGAAAUACCAAUACGAGAGAUGGUAUUUUUUUUAUUUGUUUCAGUACGAAAAAAUAAAUAACUCCAAAUGCAUUCCGACUCCGAUAAAUGGCUUAGUUCAUCGAUACGUACAUGUCGAUAGGAGCAAUAUUAAUGCUGUUUGCGCUUUGAUUCAUAAAAGCAGUUGGCGCCAAGUUAAUAAGAAUAUAUAAAUAAAAUGUCGACCGAGUACUUUCCACGUGUUUUCAAAUACAUAACGAAUUUGUCAGCAUCAAAUAAAGAAUUGUAUAGUGUGUUUAUUCGCCUUGAAAAUGCCCUCAAUGAGAAGGAAGAGCUCAAGGCAGCAAGAGAAAAGCUUCAGAAGGAUGUGCAAAAUUUACGCAUCGAUCUGAUGCUGGUACGUCAAGCGAACAAUGUGCGCCAUGAGGAAAUCACUCAGAUCGAAGGCAUUACUAAUAUUUUAGACGGCUCAUACGAUCGUCUACUGGAAUUAGGCAACCUGUUCGACGAUGGAAAGAUAAAGAAUAUGCUAAGCUUCGGAGUUUUGCGCAAGGAAAAAGAAGUGCUGCAGAAAAUCAGCAGCAUUCAAAUGGAACAAAAGAUGCAGUUGGAUUUCAAAGUGGCGAUGGAACAGCGUUUGAUUGUGCAAGAUCUUCGCGAAUCACAGCGUGAAUUGCAAGAGGCAGAGGAAGAACAUUCGGCCAUUUCCUUGGAGUAUACCCAAAUGCAACGCAAGUGGAACGACAAGCUGGACCGAGCCAUAGAACAGCGAAACAAAAAGAUUGUCUCCCUGGUGCAGCUGAGCAAGCAAGCCUCUGAGUUCCAAAUGCCAGUCAGCCACAAGAUCAAGGCCAUGACGGUCAAGGAUUGCGAAGCCAAAGCUGUAGCGCUGCGUAAGAAAAACGAGCCAAUAAAGCUGCAACCGGCAUUGGAAUUUAUCGAGAGGUAUACUGAGGCCAACCAAAUCUUUGGCAAGGCUAUCGGCAUGGAGAAUUCAAUGGGACCACCAUUGCGCUCCAUAUUAGUGCUGAAUCGAUCGAUGGACAGUUCUAAUGAGUCAGUUAACAUGAUUAGUCCCAACAAACAGGUUCAUUUUGCACCUUUGCCGUCGCCACCUCACGUCAGCAAUACAGACCCAGUCAUGAACGAUCUUUCAACUGAUAUGGCUGAUAUAUCUGACAUGAAUUCUGAGUCGUCGCAGUCAGAGGUAGAAAAUAUGACCGAGAGCAAAUAUUUUCCUGAUCGCAGUGUUGUGGAGAAUGUGGAAGUUUUGCCACCAUUGUCAUUGUCAAUUUCUUCAGCUUCAAAUAGAUUUGGUCAAAACGUAAGCUUUAAAAAUAUGUUCCCAUCUACUGACUCCAUGCAAGAACAGGACUUCGAAGAUAAUAAAAACGAAAUGGGAAACGAUGAUAAUUCGAAUGAAUCCGAAAUCAUAAAUGUUAAUAAUAUGGACACUUUAAACUUCGCAAAUGCAUCAGAAUAUGCAAACAAUGAUUUCUUUUUAAAUUUAAGUGAUCAAAAUAGUUCGCAGCAACAAAGCUAUACUUAUGAUCUUUAA